CCUGCCGGUCUCUCUCCAGAGUGCCAGGAAGGGAUGGCCACGCCGCGCUCCUGGGCAGUGAAACCAAAGCCCGCUCUGCCCCCCCAUUACUACGAGGGCUUCCUGGAGAAAAAGAAUCCAUGGGACCAGGAUUUUAAGAAAUACUGGGCUGGUCUUUGGGGCUCUACUCUGUACUUCUACAACACCAGCAGAGAAAAUCAGUAUAUUGAGAAAAUUGAUCUGAAUGACUUCGUCUCCCUGGCCGAAGACAACUGCCCAGGAACUGUGGCUCCCAGGUCUACAGACCAACCAAGCUUGACUCUGAAGAUGAAGAACCAAGAAGUGAAGCUGAGGAUGGAAAACGUGGAACAGCAGGAAAUGUGGAAAGGUUUUAUACUCACAAUGGUAGAGAUGAAGGUCCCCUCGUCUCUGGCUUUGCUGCCCGGACACCUGUACAGGUUGUCUGAAGCCUUGGAGGCGGAGAGAGAGAGGCGAUCCCAGCUGGGCGUGACUGUCGAAAGGGAAGAGAAGCUGCCCAACUGUUUCUUCAGGGUCUCCAGAAUGGAGGCGGUGGCGCUUCUGGAGCAGAACGAAACCUACGGCAAUAUGUUGCUACGUCCCGGGAGAGAUGGCAAGAGUUUCUCGCUGACCGCUCGGCAGAAGGUGAAUGGAACCGUGAGUAUCAGGCACUAUAAAAUCAACACUGUUGGCGGAGAAUACAUCAUCGUUAUGGAGAAGCCGAAUUACUGCUCCUCCCUCACGGCUGUGCUUGACUUCUUCGUGGCCAAGACCAAUGGCAUCCUCAUGCCGCUGAGUGUGGAGAAGAACUACGCCUUGGCUCUGGAGGUCAUGGAGACGGAUCAAGAAAACAAAAGGAGCAUCUUGAUGUCUGCCUGGGUGCCUGAUGCCCCCCAACCACCUUCUAAAUGUACAGGUGACCUCGUGGGAAAAAAAAGAGUCUUCUCCCCCGGUUGUCAACUGUCCCCACCUCCUCCUCUUCCACCGAUCAUGCCCAUCCUGCCCCCGCGGCGGGCAUUGGCUCCCGCCCCUGAGCAUGUGUACGAGGAGGAAGAUCCUCCGCAGAAGACCUAUGUGAACAAAGAAGCAGCGUGGGGCCAACCUGAGGGCCAGGAAGUGAGGCCAAAAGGAGCCACCCCGGCUGUUCCUGUGCCUCCCAAGCCACUGAAGAGGCCGCCGAAGUCAGGCAGCCUAUUGGAUAGUAAAUCCACCCUCAAGCUUGGUGUGCACUCAACCACUGGGGAGACUCCGUUAUCCAGAAGCAUCACCGAUAAUUUGACCCAGGAGCUGAAACAAAAACUUGAGGAGCGAAUGGCCCGGAUAGGCAAUUGAAAAGACGGUGAUGCCUUUGGCAAAGGAUCGACACAGAGGCAAGGGAGGGAGGAACAAGCUGAACCGCCAACAGAUCUGCCUCUGGAUUUCUCGGCCAGCCUCUCUGGUUGCUCCCUUCGGGAACCAACUCUCCUGUUUUAUGUGGAGAGGAAUCUUACGGGAUCAGAUCAGAAAACCCGCCCCUGAGCUGCCUUUGAGACCCUCUUUCUUAGCCAUUGGCUGAGCUGUUGUGAUGUCACAGCAGGGGCACAUUCUGCAGGAAAAGGGGGCAGUUAAGAGGUGGGUUGAAGGGGAUUUGGGGAGAGUUACUAAGAAUAGUGUGAAGAACCAGUCGACCAAAGUAAAGACUAACUGCACUCCUGAGCAUGAGGACCAGCAAGAAAAACCUCGUAUGUUUGGGCAGGUGAUGAGACAGAUAAUGGAGUAGGGGAAAAAAUCAGCUAUGCUUCCAAAGUCUGAGGAAGUAGAAGAAAGGGAAGGUGACGGAUCAGUGGAUGGAAAGGAUCCAGGAGAGCAUCGGAAUGUUCUUGGACGGAUGAGCUACAUAUUACUCCUAAAUGGCUACAAGAGUCGGCAUUCGUCCCCACAGUCAACCCCGACUCCAUGGCAUCGAACCAAAACAAGGGGCGCCAAAAGCUUUCUGCACUUUUUGGAGCGAAGACAAUCUCAUGUGAAGCAGACCUGUGUGACCUGCGACCCGGAGGAAUGCCAGUGGCAAGGCUAGCCACCCAGAGUCGCCUGCACAGUGGGAGGGCGGUGUAUAAAUUUGAUUAAAAUAAAAUAAAAUAAAGGGAAUCAGUAGACCAGGGACCUAAAUGGAGAGGCAAAGCUUGCCGACGUGGGACUAAUUUUGGGACUAAUCUACACCCCCCCAUGCACACACACAAUGAUUUCACCCAACCUGCCUCAAACUGGAGUUGCAAGCCUCCAAGGGCCAGUUUACAGGCGGAAAUGGGGUCCUUGGCGGCCUCUUCCGGCACAGGUUUAUUCAGAAGUAAACCCCAAAGUGUGCGAGGGAGCUAGUUGGAUUAUACAGCUUUCUGUGUUCUUAACAUCUGGAAUUCAGUCAGUGGCUGGAAGAUUCCAGAGGAAUAGGGGACUUAUCUGACCAGUCCAGCAAGAAUGCCUAGAAUGUAAACAGGCAUCGGUCAUCCACAAAUAAGAGAGAGGUAAUGAUCAAAGGGAAUCCACGUUUCCUUUUCACAAAGGUGGUGCAACAGGAGAGCUUGGAAGGCUUAUGAGCUGACUGGGUAUAAAUCCUGAAUGACCAUCCCUUCUUGGCCAGACUCUGUUGACCAUUGCUUCCUGGAAUACAAUAAAGAAAUAUUUUCUAGCGUU